AUGUCUCUCCUUGAUUCGCAUUUAGAGCAAAUUUCUCUUUCCUCGAGCGCCAUCGCAGAAUUACCGUUCCCCUCACCCCGCAUCUUCACUAACGCUCUGUUGGGAUCUCACGAUAUUACAGCAUUAAUCCGCGAUACGGAAGCCCACGAGCGAGCUUUGUUUCAAGUCGAUCCUACCAGCAAACCCCAUGCGUCCAGACGCGCUACUCGUCGCACAACUACCUUUGCUGCCGAACCCGAGAAGGAAUCAAUGGCCAGUCGCAUAUAUUCUGCGCGUAACAACCGCAAUCAGUCGGCUGUUGCUCGCGUCCUGGGCUCAGAUAUGAUGGAAGAGAUCAAAAAAUCCGCUGGUACGUCGUCUCGCGGGCCCCGGGGCGAGGUGAAUAUUGAGGUCCUGCUGCGCGGUGCAGAAAUUCUAUGCAAUGUCUAUCCUGUUGUCGGGGCCCAAGACAAGAUCGCCACCUUGCGUUACCGUCAUGAAAUCAUUGCGAAAUCUAUCGCCGAUCUAGAAGAUCGUGUUGCGGCCAAUACUGCGGAGCUAGAACAAAUGCGAAACUCAUACGAUGAUGAGGACAAGUAUGACAUACCAAUGCCAGCCGCAGCUCCCGAUGCAGAUGUCACUGAUGAAGACAUCGAAAGAGAGUUGGCUGAGAUCAGAGAACUGGAACGCCGCAAACGAAAGCUGGAAGAGCGAGUAACCGGAAUGGAUCGGGACCUCGGUGGAUUGAUGGAGACUUUGAUUGUCCGCCCUGAACUCCGCCGGCUCAGACUCAUCUGCCCCGAGAUUCCCUACGUCUUCACGGUCAAAAAGCAAUAUGGAUGGGUCGCAGGGCCAGGCAGCGCAGCCCAUGGUGCCGCCUCAGCAGCACUCCAACUUGAUUCGAACAGAUCAAGUACAGAAACUGCCGCAUCUACCGAGCAACAGAAGAGCCAACAUACCCAGCUAGUGCGUAGCCUGUGGGAGGCCCUGAACAACCGCGAUCCCCAGAGUACUGAGUACUCGACAGCGCACAUGAAACUGUCACAACUGUCGCAAAACCUCAUGAAAGGAAUGCGGCUCUUCCAGCAAAGCCGUCAACAAGCGCUUCAGCAACAGCAAGCGCAGCAGCAGCAAGCCCAACAGCAGCAAGUCCAGGCACAAGCCCAGGGUCCGCCAGUUCAACGAACCCAGUCGAACAACCCCCAGAACCUCACCCAACUGUUGCCCCAGAUCCAGCAAAAAGUCCAGGGUCUCAACUUCUUCCUUCCUCCGAAUGUCACACCAGAACAGAUUCAGUCGUGGAUCCCGGAGGCCCGGUUGCGAUAUGGUAUCGCGUUGCAGAAGCAGGAAGUCGGGCGGGCCCGAAUUGCGGACCUUCGUCAGCAGUUUUCGCAACGGCAAUCCCAGGGAGGUAUGUCACAGGAGGAGGUGACGGAAUUCAAGAAUCGGCAGAUGGCUGCCGAAAAGCUCUUCAGAGAGGGUAGCGAUUUCCUAAAUAAGUUCAAGGAUCAGCAGGAAACCUUCAAAGCCCAGGGACAGCAGACUUCUCAGAUGGCCCAGCCAGCGCAGAACGCAAAUGCAAACCCGGCUCAAACAACAGCAUCUGGACCUGCAGCAGGAGGUGCAGCUCAAGGAAAUAACCAGGCUGCAGGAGGGGCUUCUGCAAGUAUGGCAAAUGCGCCCACUCCAGCACCUCAUACCAUUAAUUCCGCUGUCAAUGCGGCUCGCAAUCAAGCUGGACAGACUGCGAUGUCACCCUCGACAUCCCAGCCCGGCCAACCAGCUGCCCCUCACCGCCAUCACAGCAAGGAACCCCAGGGGGCACAGGCCACCUUCAAUCAAACCCCCACUGCAGAUGGGUCAGCGGCCACACCUACUACCCAAGCCAUGAAUCAGGGCCCACCACGUCCACUGUCCCAGCAGGCGGCUAUGGCCCAAGCUGCAAACUACAAUACGAACCAAAAUCAACAGCAGCCUCAGGGCGUGAAUCAGGGUGCAAACGGUCAAAGCGGUCAUCCAACGGGUUAUCUUGCCAAUAGGCCAACAGAAACUUCCACGCGUCAAAUCAACAUGGCCAUCCCCACCAAACUCAACGUUUCCACCCCCGAGCCAGUUCCAAUGUCUGCUGCACGUCCCACACUUUCUGGUGGCCCCAGCCACGGUGCCAUGGGUAUGAUGGGCCAGCCCGCCAUCCAGAAGCACCCUGGAUAUGUUCUUGAAGGCGAAGGCCAACAUGUGCUCAGCAAGAAAAUGCUUGACAUCCUUGUUCGCCAAGUCACCGGUGGUGGUGAAGGAGAGAUGUUGACUCCCGAUGCCGAAGAGUUUGUCCUCCAGAUGGCCGACGACUUUGUUGACGAUGUGAUCACCCAAGCCUGCCGCCUCGCCAAGCUGCGCCCCUCUUCGACCUUGGACAUCCGCGAUAUCCAACUUGUCCUGGAGCGCAACUACAACAUGCUGAAGAAGCCCCAGCCCACCCAAGGCUGGCUGCAGAAGAUGUCCGCUGUCCAAGCCGCCAAGGUGACCCAGGGCCGAUCUGAGUAG